CUCUGGUUCUUAUCAGCUACAAAUAGAAACAAAUGGCCAAUUUUCCUUUUGUUCUCAUCACUAAUAUUUUCUUCUCUCUCUUCCAUACAACUUUCUCUAAAGUUGAUAGCAUCAAUCUAUUCCAAUCUAUCAGUGAUGGAGAAACUCUGGUUUCUAACGAAGGAAUCUUUAAGCUUGGUUUCUUCAGUCCCGGAACUUCAAAGAAACGCUAUUUGGGGAUUUGGUACAAGAACAUCCCGGUUCAAACUGUUGUUUGGGUUGCAAACAGAUGCGACCCGAUUAACGAUUCAUCGGGCUUGUUUAGGAUCAAUAGCACAGGGAGUCUUGUGCUCUUGUAUCAGAAUAAGAGUGUUGUUUGGUCUACGAGCUCGUUUAAAAAAGCCCAGAAACCAAUAGCACAACUUCUAGAUUCUGGAAAUCUUGUACUAAGAGACGAGGAAGACACAAACUUGGGGACUUAUUUGUGGCAAAGCUUUGAUUAUCCUUCGAAUAUAAUCUUACCGGGUAUGAAAAUAGGGUGGGAUAUGAGGACAGGUCUUAAGCGCCGUGUAUCGGCAUGGAAGAAUACGAAUGACCCUUGUCCUGGAGAUCUUACUUUUGGGGUCGAGUUUGAUCCACAGCUUCAGACGUUCCCUGAACCUUCUCUUCGGAAGGGCUCUGCGAAAUUCCAUCGUAUUGGACCGUGGAAUGGCCUUCGUCUCGGUGGCCAGCUAGAACUAAGGCCAAACGCACUUUACAGUUUCGACUAUGUUUACAACAAUGAUGAAAUGUAUUACACAUACAACGUCAAGAAUAAGUCCUUGAUCUCAAUAGUAGUUGUAAACCAGCUUACUAGCAUGUGUCAACGUGUUACGUGGAUUGAUGCUGAUCAAACUUGGAGGGCUCAGGCAUCACUACCCAGAGACUACUGUGAUAACUAUGGCAUAUGUGGAGCCAACGGAAUUUGUGACAUAACCACCAGUACAAGCUGCCAAUGCCUAAAAGGAUUCAAGCCCAAGAUUCAUGAAAAAUGGAAUUCAAUGGACUGGUCUGAAGGAUGUGUACGAAAUAAUGCAACGAGCUGCCAGGAGAAAGAUAAAGACAAAUUUGUGAAACUUUCUGGCCUGAAACUUCCGGACACUACAUAUUCUUGGAUGAACACAAGUUUGAACCUUAAAGAAUGUGAGGCUAAAUGCUUGAGCAACUGUUCUUGUAUGGCGUAUGCAAACACAGAUAUCCGAGGUAAAGGCAGUGGUUGUGUCAUCUGGUUUGGUGAUUUAAUCGAUAUUAGACAAAUUGCAGGUGCUGGACAGGAUCUCUAUGUUCGAGUAAUAGCUUCAGAGUUAGCAAAAGGCGAUCGAGAUUUGAUGGCGGUGAUUAUUGCAAGUGUUGUUGCAGUAGUAUCUGGGAUGUUCUCAGCUGGUUAUUAUAUUGGCAGGAGGACGUUAAAAGAAAAUAAUAGGAGAAUAACUCCGGAGAAUGGAGCCCGGGAAGUAGACUUGGAGCUCCUGCUGUUUGAUCUGUCAACAAUAGCUACUGCCACUGAUAAUUUUUCAAUGAACUAUAAGCUUGGAGAAGGUGGUUUUGGACCUGUAUACAAAGGUAAGUUAGAAGACGGAGAAGAAAUUGCUGUUAAGAGACUUUCUAUGACUUCUAGACAAGGAAUAGACGAGUUUAAGAAUGAAGCAGCAUUAAUUGCAAAGCUGCAGCAUAGGAAUCUUGUGAAGCUUCUUGGUUGCUGCAUUCAGGGAGAAGAGAAAUUAUUAGUUUAUGAAUAUAUGCCAAACAAAAGCCUUGACUCUUUCAUUUUUGAUCAAGUGCGAGGUGAACUACUAGAUUGGCCGAAGCGCUUCCAAAUUAUUUGUGGUAUUACACGGGGCCUUCUAUACCUUCACCAUGAUUCGAGAUUGAGAAUAAUACAUAGAGAUCUCAAAGCUAGUAACAUUUUACUUGAUACUGAGAUGAAUCCCAAGAUUUCAGAUUUUGGUAUGGCUAGAGUUUUUGGAGGAGAUCAGCUGGAAGGAAGCACAAACAGAGUAAUGGGAACUUAUGGCUAUAUGGCACCAGAAUAUGCUUACAAUGGCCACUUCUCAAUCAAGUCUGAUGUCUUUAGUUUUGGUAUAAUGGUAUUGGAGAUUGUAAGCGGAAAGAGAAUUAGUGUCUUUCGCCCACAAAGAAACAGCCUUACACUCACUGGAUAUGCAUGGAAGCUGAUGAAGGCUAGCAGGGAAAUUGAACUGCUUGACGCUUGCUUAAGGGACUCGUACGAUUCAUUCCAAGUGUUGCGUUGCAUCCACGUCGGCCUCUUAUGCGUGCAGCAACGUCCUGCAGAUAGACCAAGCAUAUCAUCUGUAGUUGUGAUGUUGGGCAGUGAGAGUGAGCUACCUCAUCCUAAAAAACCAAGCUAUUUCAUGGAAACAGAUCUACCACAAGAAUGUUCGGAGUCACCUACAUCAAACCAUAUAACCAUGUCAGUGGUAGGGGGUCGAUGACGACUAAUCGUUUUUCAUGCAUUACAAAUAUGCCACAUAAGUUUCAGAAUACAUUUGAGUUUAACCUCUCUGAUUUUGUAUAUAGUUGGUGGUAAGAGGAUAUGAUGUCGUGGCUAGCGAGAUUGUAUUUUUUUUUUUUUUUUUUUAGUAUUGUACCAUUGUUGGGAAAUAGCUUAUGAAACAACGUUAUA